GUCAGGCCACCUCCUUACCGCCUUGCGGCGCCGGGCCCUUCUCCAUGCUGGCCCCGCCAGCCCCAGAGACCGCGGUCUCCAUGUCCCAGACAGAGGCCGACCUGGCCCUGCGGCCCCCACUGCCUCUCGCCGCCCCAGGGCCGCCCCGCCUCGGGUCCCUUCCUCGCCGAGCACGGCGCUUCUCCGGGAAGACCGAAUCUCGGCCACGCUCUUCCCGCUUCAACCGCCGCAGCUCAGUCGACUUGGGACUGCUGAGCUCUUGGUCCCAGGCAGCCUCACCCGUUUCGGAGCCCCCAGAUCCUCCAGACUCCUCUAGUCCCUGUCCCUCGAGGAACCCACUGCCCAACUCCGAAGAGCCCCCCGAGGGCACGUGGACCGUGGAAGCCCAGGUGAAGCCUACAGACUCUGCGCAUUCCGAACUCACAGGCUCCGCAGAAGUCCCAGGGUCUGGGGAGCCGCCAAGGAUUCCCGAAACCACAGCGCGAGCGAGGCGGCAGGAGCUGGAGGAGAAGGAGGACACGGAGACACAGGCUGUGGCAACGUCCCCGGACGGCCGAUAUCUCAAGUUUGACAUCGAGAUUGGACGUGGCUCUUUCAAGACGGUGUAUCGAGGGCUGGACACGGACACCACGGUGGAGGUGGCCUGGUGUGAGCUGCAGACUCGGAAACUCUCUCGGGCAGAACGGCAGCGCUUCUCGGAGGAGGUGGAGAUGCUCAAGGGGCUGCAGCACCCCAACAUUGUUCGCUUCUAUGACUCGUGGAAGUCGGUGCUGAGGGGCCAGGUUUGCAUCGUGCUGGUCACCGAACUCAUGACCUCGGGCACGCUCAAGACGUACCUGAGGCGGUUCCGUGAAAUGAAGCCACGAGUCCUUCAGCGCUGGAGUCGUCAAAUCCUGCGGGGGCUUCAUUUCCUACAUUCCCGAGUUCCCCCCAUCUUGCACCGGGAUCUCAAGUGCGACAAUGUUUUUAUCACGGGCCCUUCAGGCUCGGUCAAGAUUGGGGAUCUGGGCCUAGCUACACUCAAGCGCGCCUCCUUUGCCAAGAGUGUCAUCGGGACCCCGGAGUUCAUGGCCCCCGAGAUGUACGAGGAAAAGUACGAUGAGGCAGUCGACGUGUAUGCGUUUGGCAUGUGUAUGUUGGAGAUGGCUACCUCGGAGUACCCGUAUUCGGAGUGCCAGAAUGCCGCGCAAAUCUACCGCAAGGUCACUUCGGGCACAAAGCCGAACAGCUUCUACAAGGUGAAGAUGCCAGAAGUGAAGGAGAUCAUUGAAGGCUGCAUCCGCACGGAUAAGAAUGAGAGGUUUACCAUUCAGGACCUCCUGGCUCACGCCUUCUUCCGAGAGGAGCGCGGCGUGCACGUGGAACUGGCAGAGGAGGACGACGGCGAGAAGCCGGGCCUCAAGCUCUGGCUGCGGAUGGAGGAUGCGCGGCGCGGGGGGCGGCCGAGGGACAACCAGGCCAUUGAAUUUCUAUUUCAGCUGGGCCGGGACGCGGCCGAGGAGGUGGCUCAGGAGAUGGUGGCUUUGGGCUUAGUUUGUGAAGCUGAUUACCAGCCAGUGGCCCGUGCAGUACGUGAGCGGGUUGCUGCCAUCCAGCGAAAACGCGAGAAACUUCGUAAAGCUCGAGAGUUGGAAGCCCUCCCACCCCCAACAGGACCCCCACCAGCAACUGUCCCCAUGGUUCCUGGGCCCCCCAGUGCCUUCCCCCCUGAGCCUGAGGAGCCUGAGGCAGACCAGCACCAGCCCUUCCUCCUCCGCCAUGCUAGCUACUCGUCUACCACCUCGGAUUGUGAGACUGAUGGCUACCUGAGUUCCUCUGGCUUCCUGGAUGCUUCAGAUCCCGCCAUUCAGUCUCCUGGAGGGGUACCAUCCAGUCCUGCUGAGGCUCAUCUCCGCCUGCCCUCGGCUUUUGCUCUGUCCAUUCCACGCUCUGGUCCUGGCAGUGACUUUGCCCAAGGGGACAGCUAUGCAUCCGAUGCAGCAUCAGGCCUUAGUGAUAUGGGAGAAGGAAUGGGACGGAUGAAGAGACCCCCAGGGAGGAAUCUCCGGCGCAGACCCCGAUCCCGGCUGCGGGUCACUAGUGUCUCAGACCAGAAUGACAGAGUGGUUGAGUGCCAGCUACAGACACAUAACAGCAAGAUGGUGACCUUUCGGUUUGAUCUGGAUGGGGACAGCCCGGAGGAGAUCGCAGCUGCCAUGACUGCCCUUCUCUUCCUGAAGAGCAGUGUGGAACAAAAGAAAGCGUGGACUUUCACAUAA